UAACAAAUAUCCGAUCACAGCGUAGAUAUCCAGAAGAACAGAAAAUCAACAGUGACAAGCAGCUGAUCAUACUUCGUGCCCAUACUUGCUGAAACUACGUCCGAUGAAAGCUAUAUUGCAACGAGUACUGAAUGCUAAAGUAGUUGUAGAUGGAAUUGAAGCCAGCUCCAUACAGAAAGGUGUGCUUGUAUUUGUUGGGCUCGCUGUUACUGACACAGAGGAGGAUGCAGAAUACAUAGCAAGAAAAAUUUUAAAUAUACGUCUCUUUGAGGAUGAAAAUCAAAAGAGAUGGGCUAAAAGCACAGCUGAUCUCAAUCUUGAGAUUUUAUGUGUUAGUCAGUUUACAUUGUAUCACAAGCUAAAGGGGAACAAGCCAGAUUUUCGCCAAGCUAUGAGCUCAAAAGAGUCAAAAGUUCUCUAUGGCCGGCUAUUGUCAAUUUUACAGACCAGUUAUAAUCCUUCAUUGAUUAAAGAUGGUGUUUUUGGAGCACAUAUGUGUGUAAUGUUGGAAAAUGACGGUCCGGUAACCUUGGAAAUUGAUUCAAAUCACAAAUCCUCUAGCAAUACUCUGCCAUCUCAAGUGAAAGCGGACUGAUCUUGAUUCUUUGAAAUCGUCCCGUAUUCCGUGAGCUUCUG